CUUCGGUCUAAGAUACCUGCAGCGGCCCAUCGCGGUACCGGUAUUAAUAUUGUUCCUCAUCGAUAUAAAGUCAGCAUGUACAUCUGCUCGAGGUUAGUGGAAGGAACCCCAAAAACUUGUCACGGUUUCGCGUCUGUCACAAACGUGACAGGACGCGUCUUGGUCCAAGAUCAAGCUCGAGAUUCUUCCCCUCACUAAGAUGUCUUUUUCUAAUCUUUGUGGGUCCUCCGCUGUCGAUAUGGACAGCGACGAGGAAUUUUCAGGGCACAUCACGAAGAAAAUCAAAAUCACCGCCAACAAUGGAUGGGAACACGUCUUUGCAAGAGGUGGAAUCAAAUCGUGCUUUACAAAAACUACCGCCGUAGAUGCGACAGAAUUUCUCAAGAACUAUCGUCCCCGAGCACAAAAACAGAGUCUCGAAAUACUUAUCUCCUUACCUUUGGAUAUCCUAUUCGAGAUCUUUGGGAGGCUACUUCCGCUUGACUUACUUCAUCUCUCACGCACUACCAAGGCUCUGCGCUCUGUGCUGAUGCACCGCUCAUCUACCACCGUGUGGAUGGCUGCGCGCUCCAAUGUAAAGGGCAUGCCUGCUUGUGCUGAUGACAUGUCGGAGCCUGCGCAUGCGAGCCUCGCGUUCGAUAUGCAUUGUCACAAUUGUCUCAGACCAAAUGUGCGCAAUGUUGACUGGAACCUCCGAGUCAGGUACUGCCAAAAAUGCUUUAAAGAGCGUACAGAGGUUGUCGAUGAUAAGUUCAAAAAAACAUAUGGAUUAAAAUUGCACCAUUGUCUGUCAUUAAGCAUGACGCAGAACCGAAAUGACGCCCGCUGCCUGAUUUCAGACAGGGAAUCAUUGGUCGAUGAGUUGUCGAAGCUCGGGCCAGAAGAAAGAUCUGUCCUUCGAGGUUUGAAGAGAGAUGCGGUGCUCGUUUGGAAGGAGCAUGCCGUUCUGUGCACAACAUGGAUGGAAGGCGAACAACAGAGCAGAUGGAAGGAGCUCGAUCAUCUGAGAAGCUUGCGCCAUGACGCUAUCCUGGAGAAGUUGAUCGAACUUGGCUGGGAGGAAGAUGUCAACAAGCUUCCAGAUCGGCAUACUGCACGAAUCUACAAGUUGUCCCAUUUUGAAGAUCAUCCACUUGUCAAGCAGCCAAAGCCCUUGACCGAUCGCAUCUGGCAAAACAUCCAACACAAGAUGGUCGAAUUCAUGGGCCAAAUGCGCGAAUUCCGCAUUCUACAAGAAAGAAAGCAACAGAUCAGGGAGCGGCAAAGCCUCCUCGCUACGAUAUACAGUGACUGGCAACGGGAGAAAGGGUAUCACAAGUAUCUUAUGCCUACUGCUGCCGACCUCUUCGGGAUGCGACAAGUUCGCGAUAUUGUGGAGUUGCCUGCUCAUCUGACUGUCACUACGGAAGAUUUUCAGCCUGUUCGCGAGGAGUUAUUUAAACUAGUCGACUCUUGGAAGCGCUGCAAUGGUCAUGAUUUGCGGUCAGACUUGCUAUGGCGGCUUGAAAUCCACCCACCGUACUGGCUUGACAGACUCUCUGUUCAAUGCGAGAGACUUGCUGUUGCUGUCUUUACGUGCACAGGGUGGCUUUGCGACGACAUUCCUGAGCCUAAUGACUCGCCUCGGUACAUGUACUUCCCAGAGUACCUUCACCAUAGAUGCAAUCGGAUCCGGCGACGAGUAUGGAAUGAACUCGACCCUGCUAACACGUUUGCAAUGGGCCAAGGGUAUCCGGGAAAUACUGUGCAACGAGAGUGGUCCACGGACGACCUCGAAUUAGAUAAGAAGGCCUCCCAAACCGUGAGGAACAUCAUCGAUGCAUGCGACUUAGACUGGAGAGAGGUAACAGUAUCGGCGCUCGACACUCUGGAUCCUAGGUUGGUCUGCCUGAAGUGCAGCUACGGCAACCGCUGUGAUGGAGAGAGACCUAUGAUGGUCCGUUCGUGGCGAGAAUCUGUCAAACAUUGCGCCAAGAAGCAUUGGAGUGAUUCCACUGUGAAGUGGCAGAAAAUUUCAGAUGAGGAGAGUAGAAGUCUUCGCCAAGACCAGGAGGAAGCCGCCGCGAGCACUACGAUACCUCCGCGCAAAAUUUGGCGGUGCACUCAUUGUCAUGACAAGCCUGGAGAACCGGAGAAAAUGACUGUGCAGGGAAUGACGGAUCACUUGGAGGAUCAUCAUUCGAUAGAUCUAAUCAACCAAGUUGCCGGAAAGGACUUCGCUGAAGCUUUGGACGUGCCUCCUAUAACGAUUCCUUCUGUGAAGCUGAAGCCGAAAGCCGUGGACCCUUAGCCUUUGAAAUUUCGCCCAACACACUGGGAAAAAAGCUUCUGCGAUACAUUUUCAUGAAGUCGCUAUUGAAUAUGUAAAUAUUGCGGUCUUCAUAGGUCCAUUCAUGUAUGGAACUCCAGUUAAACCACAAUAAUUAGCGUCAUAUACUAGUCUUGCGAGCUUGUAGUUAC